AUGAAGAAGAGGAGGUACUUCACGAGUGAACCUCCCCCGGACUUUUUAAAUUAUAUGAACUACGCUAAAGAGAAGUGGCAUAUUAGGCCAUUUUGUACAUCUUACAACGAGCAAACCCAAGACACGUCAAACAAAAAUGGCAGCGACUGUUUGGACCCAAAUGAGCAAGACAUAUUCGCUUCGUACCUUCCAAGGAACCAUCAGAAUGUCUACUUUCCCAAAAGUUUGCGUGAACACAUGAUUGUCGAGUACACGGCUAUGUUUGCAAAUUCGGAAGGCGAUAUCGCGGAGUUCUACCUCAAACUAAACAAUGACGUCCUGAUAAACUUCCCUUUUUUGCAUGUAGACCAUCCGCUUCACAGGUACUACGAACUCGUUAAGGAGAAUACCAAGAGGAGACUAAUUGACGACUACCCAGAUUCCAUUCCCAUGGCUUUACGUGGUCUGUUUGGACAUAUGCGCCAACUUGAAAAAGACAAAGUCACCAGCAAUGAGGCCAAAGCGAACAUGCUAAGGGAAAAACAAAAAAUUCGUAUGAAGGAUGCAAAUGAUAUGAAAGUUAAACUUUCCGAAAGGGAAAAACGAAAAAAAAAACAAACAGAGGAUCAGUCCUACUCUUCACUUUUUAUGAAGUACAUGGAAUCGGAUGAUGAGACGGGAGCAAAAAACAUCGAGCAGGAAAAACCGCUUGGGAAUGAAGACCUACUCGAAAUGGACAAUCUGAUUAACCAAAUUCUUAACUCCAAGAAGGAACUACCCAUCUACUUCGCCCGAUUUCUCAUGCGCUGUAUAGAAAAACUAAAGUACCUCCAAUACGGUUCCAAAGAAUAUGCGUACUUCUCGUAAAUGUAUCUUCCUUUAACCCUCAGGGAACGAAUAAUUCCUGGCGAGGCCUCCCCCAAGGAUUUUCUAAGUCUUGUAUUCCUCCUGGAUGAGAAGAAUCUCGCACAAGAGAAAGAUCCUGAGGGAAAUGCUAAAGAAGAAUCUGUGGCUGGGGAAAAGGACAACAUCAAGACGAUACAGGAAUGUAGAAGAGAGCGCGCUAAAAUGAUACUUCAGGAAUUUAAAAAGUAG